AUGGUUAUUGACCUUACAAGAGAUUCGUCCUCAGAAGAUGACCCUCGCUACGGCGUUGAACCAGAAAUCCGCACUCCACCUCUUGAUGAAGGGCUUACCCUACUUCAAAAAUUCACACGUCCGAGCCUACGACCAGGGAGUAGUUCAAGCGGAGGGACAACGCGAAAUGAGUGGAAAAGUACAGCAUCUACAAACGGCACAGUUUCGAGUACUUUAAAUGGUGUGUUGCCUAGCAACAAGCCACCCCAACCCUCCUUCGCGGUCGUAGUGCCAUCAUUGGGGUGUGAUACUGGUAUUAAAAGGAGACGCCUGAGCUCUGAAGAUGACAGUAGUAGCCAGGCUAAUGGAGUUGAUCCCGAAUUUCCGAACCAUCAUGGGCUAUCGUCUUUCUACUCCGUGGAAAGGAGCAGCAAAGCUUUGACCUACCAACCUAAGCAGGAAGUUAGUCGGAAUCGGGCCAACAUUCAAAUAAAACAGCCUGCUGUGCGCUAUCACCCUUUUCAGAAAGGCCACUCAGACAAGGACAUAUUGUCACUCUACUUGAAAAAGCUUCAGCGGAUUCAAGGGCCCCCUGUGACAUUAAAGAUAGAUCCCUCCGACGCCUCAAACAUUGACUUCAACUUUGAGUUCAUUAAUGAGUACAAGCUUCAGAAGGGGGUUAAACGCGUUGACCCAGGUUUCCAUGUCGGCUGUCAGUGUGUCGGUGUCUGUGAUUCAUCCAGCUGUUAUCACCUGGAUCGCCUCCCUAACGAGGACGAGGAUGAAGACGAAGACUCGGAACAUCAAAUUAUACCUUAUCAAGUGGGGCGGGAUGGAAAAGUUGUUCUGAGGCAUGAAUUCUUUAGGAAAAGGGCAAUGAUUUAUGAAUGUUCCCCUCUCUGUACUUGCCUUCCGAGUUGUUUGAAUCGGGUCGUGCAGAAAGGCCGGACAGUUAAAUUGGAGAUUUUCCGAACAGAUAACCGUGGCUUUGGUCUACGUUCCCCAGAAAACAUCCAAGCAGGACAGUACAUUGAUAGGUAUCUGGGCGAAGUGAUAACAAGGAAAGAAGCUGAUGCCCGAGAAGCUGCAACUCCCAAAAACUCUGCCAGCUACCUAUUUCAACUAGACUUCUUCAUUUCAGCAGAGGAAAAUUGCUACAUAGUUGAUGGAAGAAAAUAUGGCUCCAUCACGCGCUUCAUGAACCAUUCCUGCCGCCCUAAUUGCAGGAUGUUCCCUGUCUCCCAGUAUGAAGCUGAACGGAAUAUCUUUGACAUGGCCUUCUUUGCUAUCAAGAAUAUUCCAGCAGGGACUGAGCUGACUUUUGACUACUGCCCUUAUUCCGAUAAGGAGGGUUCCAAGGCAGUCGAUCCUGAUGCGGUUAAGUGUUUGUGCGGGGAACGGACAUGCCGUGGUCAGUUGUGGCCGAACCAACGGAAAACAAUGUAG